AUGUCUUCUUCUGGUACUCCUGUUCAAGAUAGCCAGCGGUUCAUCAUUGGGCAGAUUGAUUACUGGGAUCAAGUGAGUGAAUCAGGGGGUUUUGAUAUCGAGCAUAUCUCAGCACCUCAAAAUGGACUCGUGUCUUUUGAUUGUGAAAACGAGAGGAUUAGGUAUCCUAAUAGAUUGUUGGUGAAUCUUUACGCUAGACUCGGUCUCCAUCGUUACAACCUCACCAAGGGAGCAAAUUUAAAGUUCGACCACUUGAAGAAGUUCAACAUGACUAUGAAUUGUAUCUCCUCGUACCGCAUCACUUUGGUUGCUUAUGAUCCAUCAGCAUCUUCACUGCUAACCUUUCUGGUUGGAGUCUCUGAGGAAGUAUAUGCUAGUUUGGAUUUGAUGGUCUUCAUUGCUCGACCUCAAGCUGAACCUCGUCGCCAAGAACCAAUUAGGCCAAUUGCUUCCACCGUUGUUCCCUUGGAUGCAUGUGCAUGUGAUGACAGGGGAUUACCUUUCUGGCCGACCGAUUUUGCAGAUACAUCACGUUUCGACUUGCUGAAGGAAUCAGAGUUACAAGGCAACGAAUGGAUUCGUCUAUACUUGGAACUUGCUCUUUGUUCAAAUGAUAGGAAUAUUCCAGAAAGCCAUGUAUCACAGCUACAGAUUGUGAGCGUUGCAAUGGAAAAAACUAUUGAGCAUUUCACAAGAACCACGAAUGCCACAAGUACCAUUUUCUACAUAAGGUUUAAAGGCUUGUCUGUGGCUCGGGUUGGUGAGGAUGGUGAACAUGUUGAGCGCAAAGUCAUAAUUAGAGAGUAUGAGGAUCUAACUACCGGAAACUUCACUCUCAUGGGUGGGUUUGGGUUCUCGGUCGGUGAAGACACUAGUCAUCGCCGUAUGACUCGCCUUGGGACUGGGAGCAUUGAAGAAAUGUACGCUGAGAAGAAGAGGCUGCACCCUACGACUCCCCCAUGUCCAGCCAUCCCCAUUGCUGAUUACUGGAAAAGCUAG